AGUACACGAAGGACCACAAACGACACUUCAACGCAUAUAGGCAAACGCAGGAAGCAAGUUGUAGCGUGAUCGCCACGACAAAAUAAUAAAAGAAAAAUGGAGGAAGUCAAAUGCUGCCUCCUCGGCUUCAACUCGGAACUUCUAGAGCAGGCUCUGGAUUCCUCCUCUACUCCAAGUGCGGCCCUCCCGACGGACAGCGAGGCAGCUGCCGAGACACACCUGCGUCUCUACUGCCAGUCCUUGCCGUUUCACCCAACAGAGCAGGCGCUGCUGCAGCGUGUGCUCCCUCUAGGGCGGAGCUAUCACCUACUGCAGCGGGCCGCGCAGGACGUGGCAGUCGGUCGCACCGUAGGUCUCUACCCCGCUGCGAUUGGGAAGGGCAUCAAGAAGAUUCUCGAGCACUACGUCGAAGCCGUGAAGGCAGCAUCUACCCCGUCUGCGCUCUCCGCCCUCCCGGCCACGUACGCCAUGACCUUCGCGCUGCUGGAACAAAUUGUAGAAGUGCAGCAGCGCGCCGAGGUGUGUCUGCCGCUGCUUGACCGCUUCCUGCAUCAUCAGGAGGUCCCCGCCGUGUUUCGUCGGCUGCUGGGCGAGAGUGUGUGGCUGUCGCUGUUGUACACCACAGCGCACUACGUCGCCCACGGCGUGGUGCUGCAUGCGCGGCCAGACUACUUCAUUUCUUUGCAAACACGGCUGUCCAACGCGGCUGCCACGUCGUCGCCAUCUCUUACGGGUCCGGCCAGGCCCAGCGCGGGACCCAGCCCCCAACCCGUUCCACAGCCAAGGGAGGAACACACGCUGUAUGUGGACCGCCUGCCGCGUGGCGUGUCCACCGACCUCGGGCUGCUCAUCCUCGCUGCCGGCAAGGAGCGACGGGUGCUGCUGCGCGACGCGGACGUGCAGAGCGGCAGCGACUACCUGGAGCAACUGGCCCUCGGCUCUCAGGACGAGGCCGCCAACGCCGUCUUCCACUCCAUCUUCAACGUGCAGCUCUGCCACGGCGGGGUCUUGGCGACGGAGGAGCUGGCGGCACGCGUGGAGGCGGCCAAGACGCUGUGGUCGAAGGCGCUAUGGAUGAAGGUGGGCGAUCUGCCUGCGCUGUUGGCGCACCUGACGGCACUGCGGAACGUCUUCCUGUGCCAUCGCGGCGAUGUUUGGUACGCCUUUGUGGAGCGCGUUCUACCCGUCCUGGCAAAUGCCAAUCCGCCGCCGCCGCAGCGCCUCAAGACGAACACCACCUCCACCGACACUGCCAACUUUCAUCUGCUGGGGACUCCAUCGCUCAAUAACGAAGACGAGGAGAAUGGGAACGAGAAGGGCGAUGAGGCGGGAGCGGAGGACGAUGCGCGGACACGCGCCUCCCUCGCUGCAGCGGCGGCGGCGCGCUAUGCCUUUCUCCAGCGCGCCGCCGCCGACGCCUUUCUCUUCGCACUCUCCGUCGCGAACCUGCGCGACGUGCCGUCGUACGAGACAUUCACGAUGCGUGUGUCGUCCAGCGGCGUCGAGCAGGCGGAUGCGGCCUUUACGAAGGGCAGCACAGCGAAGGCGUUGACCGCGACUUUGGCCGCCACGACCGGCGCGCAGGCCAGCCGACAAAGGCGUGGCGACGGAGCAGCUUCGACGGAGGACAUGGCGAGGCAUCUGCUGUACAUUGUGAAGUCCAUGUAUGUGCAGUACGUCCCCCCGCAGGGACUACCCCUGAUUGUGUCGCAGAAGUCGAUGCACUACUACCAGCGCCUCCUAUCUUUUCACCUCUCCCUUCGUUUUGCACUGCAGGCCCUGGCGGUGACCCGGACACGCUUCUCGGAGGCGCUCCUCACCAACACGAAGCCCUCAGCUGAUCUGCGCCGUGCCUUCACAGUCUUUCACCUUCUUCACUUUCUCGAAUCCACCAUCGCCUACUACAUGCAAGUCGACGUGAUCAACGUGUGCACCGCACGGCUGGAGGAGCAGCUGUCCUCGUCCGCCUGCGCGAGUGUGGAGCAAGCAAAACGGCUGCACGAUCACUUUAUCUGGAGCGUCUCCGAGGCAUCCUUUCUCACCGACGGCUCGGAGGCGCUCCUGCAGGCCUGCCAGUCGCUCAACACCUGUGCCGUCACCCUCUACACGAUGUGCACGCGGUACUGCAUUCCGUACUGGGCCGUUGCGGGCGUCAACGAGACCCCGAUCGAGGUGCGGGCGACGCUGGGUGCGCUGGAGGUGCGUGUGCAGCAGGACGUCGUCGCCGUCUUCACCGGGCACCUUGGCCUCGGCGGCCGUCAGUGGGAGCGUGCGCUGUGGGGACGAUUAGACUUCAACAAGUUCUUCUCGCAGCAUCGCUCGAGGCCUGCGGUGCCGACGCAGCUGCGCAGCGGCAGCGCAUCCGCCGCUACCGUCUUUCCGCAGCCCAGCUCCACCGCCGUCGCCACUGCUGCCGCUGCUGCUGCUGCUGUCCAUCCUCACAGCAGCAGCAGCAGCGGGGCUGGCGGGCGGGCUGGCGGGACGGGAAAGGCGAUGACACCGCGUCGUCCCCGAGCACCUUCGAAGCGAGCGGGUGGUGAAUAA